GUAUGCGCAUCCAAAAUAGAAAACUAAAAUGUCUACCAUUACUGGAGGUGCAUUUGGAGCUGGUAAAGCUGGGGCACCGUUUGACCCUAUUCAAUAUGUCAAAAAACCACAAGUUAUUCUCAGAGCUGUCAGCUUGAUAUUUUCUAUUGUUGUGUUUGGCUGUAUUUCUUCGGGGGGAUGGUUUGCCCAUAAUUGUGUAAUGAAUAAUGACGACAAUGCUUGCGGCUAUGGAACUGGCAUAGGAGUCUUAGCAUUUCUCCUAUGUCUUGGAUUUUUAAUUGUAGAUGCAUUGUUUGAAAACCUAAGCAGUGUGCAGCACAGGAAAUAUGCUGUUUUGGCAGAUCUAGGAAUAUCAGGGCUCUGGACAUUUCUGUGGUUUGUUGGUUUCUGCUACCUGACUGAUGCUUGGAGAAAAACUGAUAGCAAAAUCCACGGGCGUGAUAAUGUGCAAGCUGCCAUUGCCUUCUCUUUUUUCUCCAUCUUCACUUGGGGAGGGCUGACUUUUCUGGCUGUUCGUCGAUACCGUCUUGGUGCUCAAGAAGCUUUUGCUUCUGGAUAUGACCAGGAUCCCAAUGCCUCAUCUCCUUACAGUUCCUUCCCUGGUAGUGACACUGGAGACCCUUAUCAGCAGCCACCAUUCAGCCAACAAAAGGAAACUCCUGACUAUCAGCAACCAACAUAUUGAUUCUAGUCACCUUUUAUCCAGUUAUUUCAAUUGUGUAGAAGUGGAAUGUUUGAACGUAACUUAAACCAGGGAUUUGUUAGUUAAUGUUAGAUGUGUAAGUUGUAGUUACAUACAGUAUGGUCAACAUUUAUCAAAUUUGUGUGUAGUUAGAUGUGUUUUGGUCAUGUAUGUUUAGCUACCUGUAAAUUUUUUAUUUGUUGUGAAGUCAUCAGGCUUUACAAUGUUUGAUAAUUUGCAUACACAUUAGUAAGAAAAAUUUAGUCUCAACAACUGAAAAAGGUAUUGAUAUUGAGGAUGCUAAUGUUAUCUUGUUUUCUUAAUUAAAUAAAUAAUUACCUUAUGUAUGAAAUGAUCAGUGAAAUAUCUGUAAGUUAAUUUUUUUUUUCCCAACUAUAAAUGAAAUGCUAAAAUAAUAGGUAUAAAUAAUAAUAGAGAAAUGUUUUCUUCCCUUAACUUUUUAAAAUCUGUAUUCAAUACCAAAAUGAAAGUGACUCUUAUACAUCAUGGACUUUUCAUCUUUUCGGCUUAUUGUAACAGUUAUUUCUCUUGUAAAACAGAAUACAAUGUAUCCUCUUUGUUUAAAAUAUGUUAGAUCAAAAACUAAUUUAUGAAUUUUUUAACAUUGUUCUAAUAAUUGUUGACAUAACUUCAAAUGCAUACUGCUUGUAUAUCCCAUCAACACUGAUUAAUUUAAACAAAACAAACUCAUUUAAUUUAAAUCAUGAGAUACUGAUUUAACCUUCAUCAACACAUUGUGUUAUCAGAUUUACUUUAAUUUUUACAAUAUUUGCUGGUUAUUAACAUUUUUGUUUUUGUAAACUUACAUUUUGUUUAUACAGUUCAUUUAAUUAAGCAUUUUAUUUAAUAAUCUUAUUAAUGCUAAAUAUGUAACUUCCUAUGACUCACAGAAGCCAGAAAAAAAUUGCAGGAUAUUAAUUACUUACUAACAAUAUCAUUUCAAAACAAUUUGUGAGGUUUCAACACUUUGCUUAUGCCUCUUAUGGUGGAAUAGGAGAAAUAAUUUUAAACAGGUAAUUGUUAAUAUUUUAAAGAUCUGCUUGUAAAGCAUUAAAUCAUCCUAUUUAUGUUCUUUAAGGUAAAAGCAUUGUCAUCUUUUAUACAACUUGGGAAUUACUUACUGGGAUCUAAUCCCCUCAAAAUUUAGAUAUUAAUUUUUUUAAAUGUAAUUACCAACCAUAAACAUUAAAUAUUUAUCCAAAAAAUGAUCUCAGAAUAGUAUACAGUUAUUUGAUCUACUAUUAGUAAAGUAACUGUUUUUAAAGUACUAGUUUUUUAUAGUCCUAUAGGCUAUCUUUGUAAAUUUAAAUAAUGAUUUGUAACAGAAUUAGUAUUUGAGAGUUUACAAAGCUGAUAGCAAAAAACAUAAUUGCUGACUGUCUUUUCAUUUUGUUUUUAUGCUUAACAAGCAAUACUUGUCCUGUGCAAACAAUUCUUUAGCUGUUGAUUAAAAAAGUAUUUGCAAAAAGAAAAACGAAAUAGUUCUUACCAUUCCAGCUUUUGUAUGAAUGAAUGACAGUCAAUAACAAUGCAACUAUUUAGCUAUACAUAUGUAGCUUCUGUACUCUCUUUGGCUUUAGUCAGGUGUUUUCUUAAAUUUGUUACAAUAUUUUAAAAAAUAUCUAAUCAGUCUAUAUAGACCUUUUGGAAAAAAUAAAUGUUUUUUUUUAAAUUAUUAUUUAUACUUCACUGUUAGUUUAAAUGGGUGAUUUGUACUUUGAGGAAUAUAUACUGUUGUUUAAUUCUUGAACUAUGUGCACUUUUUUGUUUGCAUUUCUGUGAUUAACUUUAAAAUGUUUUCAAUUUAAAACAGUCUUUUCUUUUCCCCCAUCCUGUUUAAGCUUUAUUUUGCUCAAAUUGAGUUUUUUCGUUGUACAUUAAUUAUUUAAAAUGUUAUUUCUUGUACAUUUAUUCAAGAAAAAUGAAUUCUGGUUGUGCAUUGCAAUUUUCUUUUGCUUGCUACUCAUAAGAUUGAUAUUUCCAAAAUAUUUAUCAUGAUUCUAUAAAAGCAAAGGCUUUUAGUAUGAAACCGAUACAUUUUGGUAGAGAAGUUUUGACAUUAAAAAAAAUUAUAAAUAUUUGAUAUUCAAAAUUUUUAGUUAAGUAAACUGAACUAAAGCUUAAAACCAUUUAGUCUAAUUGAUCCCAGUAACCAUAUAAACCAUAAGUUUUAAAAAGAUAUUUGCCCUCCAUAGCUUUAACAUUAUCCAUUUGUUUAAGUUUAAUCAUUGUUUUCAGUUUAAAUAAAAAGUCUACAGAUUGUGUUGCAAUUUACUGCAGUAAUCUUUUAGCUUUUGUGCAUAUUUCAUUAUGUGAUAUUAUUUGAUGUCAUAAUAAUCAACAGUAGAAUGUUUUAAGUAAUUCUUUACCAAUGUCAAUAGUGUUGAUGGCUUGUGUAUUCUUUUAGACUGAGAUUAAUCAUUUUCAUUCCACAAUAAACCAUCUCCUAAUCCACGAGCAUUUCUUUCUUUAAAAUUAUUACAUUCCAUUGCUUUUAUGUUUUUUUCCAAAUUUUUCCCAUUUUAUCUUCAAUCGGAUUUGUAUUUAAAAUAAGCAUUCAUCAGUCAUCAACAUUAUCUUUGAGAUUAAAUGAUAUGAGAACUAGAAUAAAAAUAAUCUUGAAAUUAGGAUAUAAAUUAUUUUUUAUAAAUUAAGGUGAAUAUGUCAAUGUCAAAUUCUGUGUGUAGUAUUUACCAUUUUCUAGUUUAGUCUGUUCAUGGUCAUAUAGGAUUUUUUAAAUUCUUAUUCUGACAAUUAAAAAAAAAUGUAAUAUUAAUAAGAGGAACAAUAUUGCUAGACUAGACAUGACAGGCGUCAAAGCAUGUUUUGUGAGUGAAGCUUUGUACUUUUAAUCACUUAGUAGAAGUAAAAAAAAUUGUACACAGCGGUGAAGAAAAAAAAACAGAAAAAAAAAUGUUUGGUGUGAUUAGCAUGGCUUCAAUGAUGAUACCUUUAGGUUUUGAGACACCCCAGAACCUGUAGGUUGAGUUGUGCAGUAAGAUUCAUUCACAUUUUGAUACAUAUUUUAUUUGUUUAUUAAUAUUUGUACACACUUUUUGAAAGCUUUACCAUUUUACCAAGCAGACUUCUAUAGCUUCUAUCAUAGUUAAAUUAGGGUUCCUAUUUUGUUAGCGAAAUUCAAAGAGUAAAACAUUUCUCUAGAUUUGAUGCAAUAUUUUAUCAACUACCUACAACAAAGAUAGUUUGCUAAUGCAGUAUCAAUGCAACCAUUAAAUUAUCAAGGCAUUUAAUAUAGCAAACUAAUAUUUUUUUGAGUCAAAACAUACACUAUUUGCUAGACACAAUGAGAAAUUUAUAGCAGAAUUUAAAAAUAAGCUAAAAGUUCACUAAAGUGACUAAUUAAUUAACUAGCUUGAGUUAAAAAAUAAGAUAUUUAGCAGAUUUUUUUUUAGCAUAACUGCUAUAAAGUUUAUUUAUUCCCUUUAAAGUGUUCCACAGGGUAGAAUUUGUGUCUUUAAUAAAACUAAAAAUAUUUUUUAUUAAAGAAAUUAAACUAUUUUAUUGAAAUAUUUGGUGUGAACAUGUUCAUUUAGAUCCAUUUAUGGUUUAGUCACAUAGAAAUAGCAAAUACUAUUCAUGUUGUCAUUUAAAAUCUUUGUCCUAUGAACACACUCUGCUGUCUUUAGGUAAAAUGUUUGAGAUAUUUUUGCUGGAGUUGAAUCUUGUAAUUUAAUAAUUAUUUCCUUGUGUAAAAAUUCUUUUCAAAUCAUUAGCUGUGCAAUAUACAACUGGGGAUAUUUUUAGAUUAACGUAGUAUAUUUUUACCAACCACCAAUAUAGUAUUAAAUUUUCAGUGAUUUAAAGUUUACCAUAGUAACCAAAAUGAUCAACUAUGAUAUUUUUUUGCUUUAACAGCCUUUAAAAUUAUUUUAUAGCACCUGCAUGCGCAGCCUACAGCUGAUAACUUUAAAUCUCAGACCUUUUUAUUGACACAAGAGAUGUAUGCAAGAAGUGACUGUACCCCUCAUAGUGUCAGCUUGGGCAUAAAACUAGCUGUUGUGGUCAUCAUUUUAAUUGUAUAUUUACAGUAGUUUCAUCAAUAAAAAGGUAACAAUAGAA